UCCCCUGCCUCCAAGUCUUCUCUGUUUGAAUUCACAAACACACGCACGAACGUGGCUGAAGGAGAAAAGUCAGCGCGACCACGUCCCGUCAGGUUGAAGGAGUAUUCAGAGUCGGGAAGUUACGCAGGCGCGCUCCCGCCGACUCAGCGGCCACGCGACGCUGGACAGUGACACAAGGCCUCCGUCGUUCCUCCCAUCGAUUGCUUCCUGCCGUGUCCGGGCCUGCGGAAGAAUCCGUCUGAGACACAUCAGCCCGUGACCCGAAACCUGAUCGCCUCGAAUCCAUCCGUCCGUCUAUCCAUCUUCUCCUGGGUCCAGUCCUCCAGCUAGUCAUCCUCCUCUGGAUCAACAAGCUCUUCUGCAUCAUUCGUUCCACAGAGAAGUAGCUCCAUGGACCAAUCAUCAUGAGACUCCCCCUGCUCCUCCCCCUCCGACAGUCCCAGCUCCUUCCUGGGCUCUGUCGCUGCUGUCUGGCAGCGCUCUCGUCCAAUGGCAGCGCUGCAUCGUCGCGCAGAUACCUCAGCACAGACCCUGGCCCCGCCCCCCAGCCUGUGAUUGGCCAGGACUCGGUGGAGGUGUCGGGCCAGUCCCACCCCCGUGAUGACUUCACCAAUGUGACACCAAAGAUCUUGGCCAAGGUCGGCCGCAACCUCCACAACCAACCCCAUCAUCCCCUGUGGCUGAUCAAGGAGCGAAUCAAAGCUCACUUCUACAGUUCCUACAUCGGUCGCUGGGGCAACCCGCUGUUCUCAGUCCAUGACAACCUGAGCCCGGUGGUUACCGUGGAGCAGAACUUUGACAGCUUGCUGAUCCCGCCCAGCCACCCCAGCAGGAAACGAGGUGACAACUACUACCUGAACAGAAAAAUGAUGCUUCGCGCUCACACCUCCGCCCACCAGAGGGAGCUGGUGAAGUCCGGUCUUGAUGCGUUCCUCUUGGCUGGAGACGUGUACAGACGUGACGAGAUCGAUGUCAGUCAUUAUCCCGUCUUCCACCAGAUGGAGGGAGUCCGACUCUUCUCCAACCACGAGCUGUUCUCUAAGGUGCAGAACGGCGAGGAGCUGUCUCUGCUGGAGCGCGGCAGCAGGCGGACGCCACAGAAACAGGAAACGCACACGCUGGAGGCCGUGAAGCUGGUGGAGUUCGACCUGAAACAAACGCUGACGCGACUCGUCACUCACCUGUUUGGAGAAGAUGUGGACAUCAGGUGGGUCGACUGUUACUUUCCCUUCACUCAUCCCUCCUUUGAGAUGGAGGUGCGUUUCCAGGGUGACUGGUUGGAGGUUCUGGGCUGUGGAGUGAUGGAGCAGGAGCUGCUGAACUCUGCGGGGGCGGGGAACAAGCUGGGCUGGGCCUUUGGUCUCGGGCUGGAGAGACUGGCUAUGGUCCUGUACGGCAUCCAAGACAUCCGACUGUUCUGGAGUCAGGACGAACGUUUCCUCAAACAGUUCAGAGUACAGGACGUCCAGCAGCACGUCUGUUUCCAGCCGCUCAGUAAGUACCCCCCCCUCCACAACGACAUCUCCUUCUGGCUGCCCGACAGCAGAGAGAGCGAGGCCGGGCGAGAGAGCUUCACAGACAAUGACUUCUACGACCUGGUGCGCUCCAUCGGAGGAGACCUGGUGGAGAGAGUGUCGCUGGUGGACCAGUUCACACACACACAGUCCGGUAGGCGGAGUCAGUGUUACCGCAUCAUUUACCGCCACAUGGAGCGAACUCUGACGCAGCAGGAGGUUCGACUUGUCCACGAGCAAAUCGAACGAGCGGCUGAGACGGAGCUGGGAGCGCAGGGCAGAUACUGAAAACACACACCACACACACACACACACACACACACACACACACACACACACACACACACACACACACCAGUUCAUGUGCUCUCUCCUCUUCAGGCUGAAACAUCCAUUCAGACUUUCUGACGACUCAGACGAGUCACAGCGACUUUGUGGUCUUUGACUCAGCAGACGCACAAACACAGUGAGUGUGGAGCGAAGUCACUGAUCAAGAAUAAUGAAAACUAUGAAAAUCUAAAACUUGUUUUAAAUCAAACAUUUAUAAUAAGUUAUUUAGAGAAGCACAAAUAAAAAAUGAGGCAAUUGAGUCAAGUUCAGUUUUUUUGUUGUCGUCAUCAUCGCAGUUCACUUCAAAUUCAACGGCCGUUCUUUAUUUUAUACGUUUUCACAUAUGGACUGAAAGAGACUUUUGAAUCUCUGAUGUUUGACUCAUAGACUGUAAAUAAAGACAAUGAGCGUAAAUAAAGAUGGCCGACACGUUCUCGCUUCCUCCCAGAUUCAAACUCAAGAGACUUUGAACAAUUUGUAUCUCAGAAAAGUCCGAAUCGUCAGCGUCUGACGUUUUUCAUUCUAAUGUUGCUCUGAACACUUUGAACUGUGUUUUCAGCCUGAAGUCGUAAAGAGAGGAAACACUGAACGGGGUCAGAGGUCACACAGAUGAUUGUAGAAUUAACUUUGAGUUUUUCUUCAUUAUUUUGAAAAGACGACGUCUGUGCCUCUAAAUGAAGCUGUGGUUUGUAUCUUCAGAUUAAAACAUUAAAUCUGUUUGGUCACAUGGUU